CCAAUAUUUCAAAAUUAUGGAGGGGCAGGCCCAAGUACUUCGAAUCAUCAACAAGAAAUCCAAGAAAGAACAGCGAAGGAAAAACGUGACAAGAAAAGUGUUUUCUCGACUCGAGAUGUUAGAAGGUGCUAAAUCAAUAGGUGCUGGAGCUGGUAUCGGUAUUGGAAACGUCCUCAGUUCUUUGAUUCAUUCCGUGGUGCAAAAUCCAUCAUUGGCUAAACAAUCAUUUGGUUAUGCCAUUUUGGGCUUUGCUCUCACUGAAGCUAUUGCAUUGUUUGCCCCAAUGAUGGCCUUUGUGAUCUCAUUUGUUUUCCGAUCGCUUAAAAAGUCAUGGAAUCAAAAAAGAAAUGUGAGAAUGUAG